UACAAUCGACACACAACUGUUUUGUUUAUAUCCAAAAAAAAGUUUGUGUGUCGAAGGUUUACAACAUUUUUGUGAUAAACCUGUGGAAAAAAGAGUGUUGUAAUUCGAGUACUUUUCAAUGUGAUUCAAUUCUACGUUAAAAAUAAAGUGUGUGUUAUUAAGUGCCUAAUUGGAAACAACCGUGAGAGGCUAGGGAAAUUCAUCAAAUUAAAAGCAACGACAAUCGUAAUGGGUUUUAUGUCGGAUCGACGGGAAUAAGUGUCAUAAAUACGUUUCAAUUCUUUGAAAUACCACAAAAAAUCGGCCGAGAAAUAAGCAACUGUGUGAUGUUCCUCCUCAUCACGCCAGUGAAAUAUCGUAUUAAAGUUUGCUUCAGUUAUUGAGAAAAACUUUGCACCGAGGACGUAAAACAUGGCUGGAUCCUUUAUGUACGAAGAUUUCGAAAAUUAUUUGUCUCUUUCUAUCGGGAAUCAAUCAGAUGACGUUGACGUGGCCAUACAUCAAUCGACACCACAAUGUGACAUCUUUCAAACAGCAACUAUCGAUUUAGAUCCGUUUCAAGAAUUAACAAAUUUCGACACAGACUUACUUGACGAAUUAUCUAUUUAUUUGACCACCCCAAUUUGGAGCCAAAAGGAAAAUGAAGAUCGACAGCAGUCGCCAUCAAAACUAGACGAGAUAGUUCCAGAUCAAGCACCAUCUGCAGUGAUCGAUGAACCGGCAGCGAUUUCAGUCAAUGAAAAUCAAGAAUAUAAACGAAGACGCUCAAUUGAAUUGAACGAUGGCGGAGAAGAAAAAAGACAAAGACUGCAGUCGGACAGUGAGUCGAUUAACGAAGCCGCUAAUGAAGAUUGGCCAUCACACAUUGACACUUUACAAUGUAAAUUUUGUGUGAAAUAUUUUGCCGAAAAAGAUAAUUUAUUAUGCCAUCAGAUGGUGAAUCAUUUCAAUGCAUUACCAUUCAAGUGUUCAACGUGUCGUUGGAGAUUUUUGAACAAAAGCGAUUUCGAGAAGCAUGUAAAGCGUAAUAAAUGUCGCUACUGGUAUAAAUGCGAUAAAUGCGAUUUUUCUACGGCAUACAACAGCAAUUUAAUGAUACACAAACGCAAACAUAAUGGCGAAAAACCAUUUAAAUGCCCACAUUGUCAAUUCGAUUUUACAUCGUUAUCAAAUCUAAAGGCCCAUUUGAACAAAAUGCACAAUACGGAACUGUUGAUUUCAAUGAACGGAACUUGCUUGUGGAGCAUGAAACUGACAACAAAGAAGAUUAAAGAAACAGCAUCAAAAUUGGAGAAAAAAACGCCAAAACGAUUGCAAUGCAAAUUUUGCCCGGAAGACUUUCAAUCCAAAAGGUUUUUGGAUCGUCAUUACACGACUAAUCAUUUCGAUGAAUUUUCGCACCAUUGCUGCGUGUGUCGACGGGGAUUCAAUAGUCAAGAUGAGGUCAAAAAACAUGAAAAAAGACGCAUAUGUAGCCAAUGGUAUGAUUGCGAUGUAUGCCAUUUUUCCACGCAAGACGAUGCCAAAUUAACGAUACACAAACGACGACACACCGGCGAGAAGCCAUACAAAUGUGCACAUUGCGAUUAUGCUGCAACAACAUUUUGUAAUCUAAAGAGGCACAACGAAACAAAACAUAAAACUCGAUCACUUUGAGUGACACACAAAAAUGGAAGGAAAAUAUAGGGAAAAACAAUGAAUGAGGGUCGGAUUUUUCCGAACUUUUUUAAAAUAAGACUUUUUAUAUGUACACAAAUAUUUUGAUAGGAAAUUUUGGUAAUAGGCACAAAAGUAGAUGAUAAGAGGGCACGUCUCGUCGACGUUAGGUGAUUGAGAAUACAAGUGGAAAUAGCCGGUUUGAUAUCUUCAAAAGACCGACAUUUUCGACAGACACUACUGUCAGGAAGUAUCUAGAGCUCAGCUAUUCCCAUUUUUAUUCUAAUUUAAUGCUAUCUCAGAUAAGCCUACUGGCAACUAAGGGCUAAUUGUUCUAAAUUAAUGAUACCAACGACAAAAUGUUCCAAUUUUAUAAUACUAAUUGCCAAAAAAUAACGAAAUCAACUAAAAAUGAGCAAGUUGCUCAAGGUAGGGCUUUUGUAAACCCAGUUAUUUUAAUGAACGAUCCAAGUAAUUUCAUUUAUAUGAUACUGAAUUUUAAUUCAGUAAAAAAAGUAAAUUAAGUAUGUUUGAUGAUGAAGACACCAUUUAAUAGGAACAAUCUUCUAUUUAAAGACCUAAAUUGAAAAUGAUCGUAAGAAAUAACAAAUAUAUAAUCAAACCGGCGGAAUUUAUGUGCGGCACAUUUUUCUGAAUAACAAAUAAGCAUUUACUGAAUGAAAAAAAACUGUUUAUUUGCUUUGUAUUACGCGUUCAUUUCUUAUCAGGCGUAUUAAUUCAAUACAAGGGGCACUC